CUAAAACAAACGCCAAACUGACAGACCUGCAGCAACAGCAGUAUCUAGAGGCAGUGCAAGAAAAAUCAUAAACAAAUUUGCUGCACAAACGGGGGACCGAAGAUUGCGCCCAAAAUGGAAGAGCCAUCGGAUGAUGAGAAUUUUGAGCCGACGCCAAAGAAGAUCAAACGCGAUUGGCUCAAUAGCUAUUGCUAUUCCAACAAGGCCAUGGGCAUGAUGAAGAAAAUGGGUUACGAGGACGACAAGGGUCUGGGCAAGAGCAAUCAAGGUCGCUUGGAGCCCGUAAUUGCCGUCCAGCAGGAUGGCCGUCGUGGCUUUGGUCUCAAAUUGGACACCGUCCAUUGGUCAGCUGGCAAAUGGGAUCCUAAUUGUGAGGAUCUCGAGAUACCCGAACCAGUUAUCUGGCUAAAAAUUGAGGGCAAAAAUUGUGGUGCCUAUACGCUCGACGAAUUAAUGGCACACAUGGUGACCGGUCCGCGCAAGCUCAGUCUGGAUGAUGAGACGCUAUUCUGUGAUCCCGAGAUUCUUGAUCACAUCCUCAAAGCGAAGACCGUGUUCGAUGAUCUCAAUGAUACGGAGAAGCGUCGCGCCCGCUCCCGCUGCAAUCCAUUUGAGACUAUACGCAGCUCCAUCUUCCUAAAUCGUGCAGCCGUCAAAAUGGCGAACAUUGAUUCCAUAUGCGAGUAUAUGUUCACAGAGCCGAGAGAUCCACAAGGAAACACACUGCUUGGACACAAUGAGCUGCUUUACUUUGCGGAUAUCUGUGCCGGGCCUGGCGGCUUCUCAGAAUAUGUGCUUUAUCGCAAAUCGUGGGAGGCUAAAGGAUUUGGUUUUACGCUGCGCGGUGCCAAUGAUUUUAAGCUUGAAAGAUUUUUUGCCGCCUCACCGGAAUCCUUUGAUGCGUUCUAUGGCGACAAAGAUGAUGGCAAUAUUUUUGAUCCGAGCAAUCAGGACUCGUUGAAUAAUUAUAUACGAAAGCAUACGCCGCAUGGCGUUCACUUUGCCAUGGCCGAUGGCGGCUUCUCUGUGGAAGGACAGGAGAACAUACAGGAGAUACUCUCGAAGCAGCUGUAUCUGUGCCAGUUUGUGACGGCCCUAAAGAUCCUGCGCGUCAAUGGCAGCUUCGUUUGCAAGCUCUUCGAUUUGUUUACGCCAUUUAGCGUGGGAUUGGUUUAUUUGAUGUACAAAUGCUUUAAUCAGAUUGCGAUUAUCAAGCCGAACAGCAGUCGUCCUGCCAAUUCGGAACGUUAUAUUGUGUGCAAGAAUAAGAUGCCGGAGACGGAUGCGAUAACUAACUAUUUUUCCACCAUAAAUCACAUACUGCUUGAGCAGAGCGAGAAGCAGCCGGAGGAGCAGCUGGAUGUGAUUGAGCUAUAUAAUCGCAAGGAGAUGCUGGAGGAUGAGCACUUUAUGCGCUACAUCAUCGAUUCUAAUAAUGCCAUUGGAAAUAAGCAAAUUGUGGGAUUGCGGAAAAUUGCUGCAUUUGCCCAGAAUCUGGAGUUGAAGGAGCCUCGUCACUCGGAGGUGCGACAGGAGUGCUUGAAAUGCUGGGCACUGCCCGAUAAGCUACGCCAGGCGCCCGAAGUGAAGACAACGGAUCGACUGUUGGAGGAGCUGUUGCGUGAUUGGUCCAAGGAUCGCGCCUGGCUAAACGUACCCGCUCUGGAGCUGAACGGACGGACACCGUUGCAAAACAGCAUCCUGAAUGUGAGCGAUUGGCAUUUUAUGCCAAUUGGACGCGGCGAGAUCAAUAUCAAUGGCUGCACCCUGUUCCUAUGCAAGUCACGGGGCAAUUUGUUGCGCUACACGGAGCAUCGCAAAUGGGAGCUGGUCGAGUCCAGUUUCAAUGUGCAGCCACGUUCCAUAUUUUUCGGUGAGAUCGUGUUCGAGUACAGUGGCGAGGGACGCACCUCGCAAUGUGUCUCGGCGCUGCACAUUAUGGAUGCAAUCUGUUUGGGCGGCAUUGAUAUCCGUCGCCGUCCGUUCCUCGAGCGUGUCGCCCUGUGUAUGAAAUAUGCGCGCAGCCUGAAUAAACCGUUUAAAAAGGAGCGCACCUGUGGCGCCAUACGCUGCAAACCGAUCUUUCGGCUCCAGGACAUGAGUCGAUUCUUUAACGCGAUGCGUCCGUAUGUGCUGAAGGAUAACUCACAAAGAUUUGGAUAUACUCUCGAUGAUCAACGAUUUUUGGUGCCCGGUGGCAUUAUCAUAUUCUGUGAGCUGACCAUGAAUUUUGUGACGGCAUAUUCGAAAUCGCAUCAGCAGAUCUAUUAUUUCAAUACCAUUACCAGGGAGUCGCAGUUUAAGGAGCAGAUCGAGCCGCGACGCUUCAACGAGGUGUUCGCCUCGUUUCGCCAUAGCUAUACGCGACGGCAUCUCUGGAAAUGGACGAGUACUUUGCAGGUGGAGGAGCAUGCCACCGAGGAGAAUCCAAAGAUAUUGUAUCGCAGCAACUUUGAGAAAUUCAUUCAAAGAAAACUAAUGUCUAAUCCCAACUAGAACAACUACCAACUAAGUUACAUUUUAAAAGAGCGCUGCACGGAUCAGCGCGAUUUUU